AGGGGAGAGACGCAUCAUCUGUGCAGUGCUGGAAGCAACAUCUCCCGGUUUCAGUCCGACAGAGCAGGAGCGCGACCUUUCCAGUUUGCGUCUGGAAGUGUUGAUGUGACGAAGCGAUGCGGAUUUACAAGCUCAUUUUCGGACUCUUCGUCAUUUCUUGUUCUGAGGGCAGAAGAAAUGCGCUUCAGGACUACCAGAAGACUGAUGGUAUACGACUGGUUGUCAUGUCAUCUGAUUCCUCUCACCUGAUCAAAAGCAAGAAGCUGAGCAUGGCCAAGUGUGCCAAAGCCUGCAGCCGCAAUAGACGAAUCCCCUUCACCUGCAGAGCGUUCCUCUAUGAUCAUAAAAACAGGAAAUGCCAGUGGCUGUCGUUCGACAAGAACUCACCAGACGUUCAGAGCCAACAGGACUUCAACUACCAACUCUACCAAAAGAAAGACUAUGUUAGGGAGUGUAUUGUGGGUACUGGUCAGAGCUACAGGGGGCGGAGGUCAGUGACGGCGAGUGGGAUCCUGUGCCAGGCCUGGGCCUCUCCUAUCCCCCAUGAGCACAAAUUCAUGUCUAAGAGGUUCAGGAAGAAGGACCUCAGAGAAAACUACUGUCGCAACCCAGACAACUCCACCGUUGGCCCAUGGUGCUUUACCACUGACCCCCGGCCACACCUCAGACACCAGGAGUGUGGCAUACCACAGUGUUCACAGGUUGAAUGUAUGAACUGUAAUGGGGAAGAUUACAGAGGACCCAUGGACCACACAGAAAGUGGAAAGGAAUGCCAGCGCUGGGACCUGGAUGGACCACACAAACACCUGUACCACCCCAAGAGGUACCCUGACAAGGGCCUGGAUGAUAACUAUUGUCGGAACCCAGAUGGACGCCACAGACCAUGGUGCUUUACCACGGACCCAAACACACCCUGGGAGUACUGCAACAUCAAAGUUUGUGAAACACCUUCUAAAAGUAAUGUGGUGGAAACAACUGAGUGUUAUGAGGGCAAAGGAGAGGGCUAUAGGGGAACAGUGGAUGUGACUCCCACCGGACUCACCUGCCAACGCUGGGAUUCGCAGUUUCCCCAUAACCAUACAUUCAUACCUCAAGCCUACCCCUGCAAAGACCUGAGAGAAAACUACUGUCGGAAUCCAGAUGGCCAAGAUUUCCCCUGGUGCUUCACUACGGACCCAAGAGUCCGCACAAUGUUCUGCACCAACAUCCCCCAAUGUGGCACCCAAAACAAGCCCAACGACUGCUAUGAAGGCUUUGGAGAGAAUUACCAAGGAGAACAGUCAAGGACCAGAUCAAACCUGCCCUGUGCUCCCUGGAGAGACCACAGCAGCAGUGGUGAGAGGGGUUUGCUGAUGACUGGCCUAGAGGGAAGCUACUGCAGAAACCCUGAUAAAGACAAACAUGGACCCUGGUGUUACACCAACAACUCUGCCAUUCCAUGGGACUACUGCCAUGUAAAACCAUGUAACGCUGCCCAGAACACCAUUCCACGAGGUGAGCUGUCAUCUGUGGUUUGUUUUGUCCAUAAGAGAACCAGGAUAGUGGGAGGAGGUCCAGUGGGCAUAUCAGAAGGCAGCUGGAUGGUCAGCAUACAGAAAGGGUCGAUGCACUGGUGUGGGGGAUCUCUAAUACGAGAGGAGUGGGUACUUACUGACAGACAGUGCUUCUCUUCAUGUGUUCCAGACCUCAGUGAGUAUCGGGUGUGGCUGGGAGUCUCAGAUAUUCGAGAGGGCGCUCCUGACUCGUCCAGGAGACAGGAAGUCAGCAUAGCUCAUGUGAUAUGUGGUCCUGAGGGCUCCAGUUUAGCCCUCAUAAGGCUGUCUAAGCCUGCCCUUCCUGCAGACAAUGUCCAUACAAUUCAGCUACCUGUGGCUGGAUGCUCCAUCCCAGAGGGAAGACUAUGCAAAAUGUAUGGAUGGGGAGAGACCAAAGGCACUGGCCACGAUGACGUGCUGAAGGUGGUUGACUUGCCCAUUGUCAGUAAUGAGAGGUGUAGAGAGAUGCACAGAGGGAGCCUCCACAUCACCAACACCAAGAUCUGCGCAGGAGGCAGGAGGAAUGAGGGAGUGUGUGAGAGGGAUUAUGGUGGCCCUCUUGUAUGCCAGGAUGGUAUGAUCAGGGUCAUUGUGGGAGUGAGUGUCCAUGGCAGAGGCUGUGCUCGGGCCAACCAGCCUGGCAUCUUCAUCAAUGUGCCCUUCUACACACAGUGGAUCUACAAGGUCUUCAAAUAUUACCCCAACCCUGAGAUAGUUUAGAGACAAAAUAAAGUGAAACAGAAGCAGAGGACUACAUCAGACCCAGAACAUCUACUUAUGUGAAUCCAGUCGUUUCAGUGUUGUUCAUACCUACAUGGCCCACAGAUCAGUAGAGAACCUGAUUUGAGGAUGCUCUCUUAAUAGAUGAAUGAAUGGGAAAACACUGUGAACACAUCUUAAUGAGAUACCAUACUGAUUCUGAGAGUCACUGAUGGUAAUUAUGAAGAGUUGAUACUGUUCAUAUCGUAGACAAAGGAAAUGAACGGCUGAAGCAUCUACUAGUAAACGAAGGGACCCAAUACAAGUUAAAUGUUACAGUAACAAAGAAGGAUGUCUUUCAUUAAGUUGGGAGCAGAACAGGCAAAAAAAAACCUGAUUUGGUUUCAUCCAUUUUUCAUAGUUUUCUUUUGGUAGCAAAUCCGCCAGAAGAGAUAUGUGUGCAUGUGAAUACUCUUGAUUCCUGGCAAUACUUGAAUGUUAUGAACACCAAAGUGCAGUGGUUUAGCUGCUCCCUCUGUAGAGUACAUUAAUGGUCCACUUAGAAAACUAUCCAGCAGUAGGGCCAUGUUAAGGGCACUCUUACCAAGCAUCUCUAGGGGCUUAAAUUAAGUGGUCCUUACUGUACAUAGUAUUUUAAUGAGUGUGUUUGUGACACUCUAAAGGUGAUUUGGGUCUUAUAGAUCUGUGAGAAGAGAAAUGAAUGUUAUGGUAGGCAGAUAAAUGAUGUAUAGUGUAUUAUCUACAUUUCAGCUUUCACUCAAAUUUCUGUCUCAUAAUGAUGUCAGCUGUAUGGAAACACCAGAAUAAAUUUCAUUUUCAGUAUUUUAAUGUUAUCGCAAAGCCACUGUAUAUGAACAUGCUAUUUGCAUUCUGUGUAGAUGAAGGAAAUGUUUGGUCAGCCUUUAUAGGAUCUGAAAAAGACAGAAAAUGGAACAUUCAUUCAUUCAUUCAAGAUUGUACAUACAUACUCUUACAAAAUCGCGUAUUUUCUCUAUUAAUUCAUUGUGCGUGUGUGUUUUUCUGCAGCAGUGUCAGUAUGCAAAAAUAAAACUGCAGAGGGAGUGUAUGUGUGUGUGUGUGUGUGUGUGUGUGCCUGCAUGUUGGAAUCAGAGCUGAAUGAAUUAUCCUCUCCCCACACUCAGACCUUGGCAGACCUCCAAUUCCAAUCCACUCUGGAUAUUAGCGUCACAAAGUCUGUCACUUCAAACUUUGUCAUGGAGAAGAAGAGAUGGUCUCCCUAACUGCACUGUCUGUAAUGGACGCUUCACUUAUAUGACUGAAUAGCCCUUGAAACAAAUUAACACAUCAUUUUGCCAGUGUAAAUGACUGAGAUGGCUUUAUAUUAUAACUGCAUUAGGUUUGAAACAGUGACUAAAUGUUUCUGUGUGUAUAGAUGUGUAUGCACUGAAAGAUGUUGCAAGCUGCUAUAUUCUACAAGUUGUACAGUACUUUCUUGUUUUCUCUGUAUUAUGUACAUUCAUAUAAUCUAUACAUACAUAUACAUUUCAUGCCAUCUUAUCCAUUAUGCUAAAUGUCACACCCGUUUUCAGGCAUUAUUUGAAAUGUUUUACGUUGUCUGUCACUAUAUUAAAUAUUUUUUGUUUUUUUUUUUAAAUC